CUUCUCUCAACUUCUUCCACCAUCUCCUCUUUUCCAAUUCUCUCCACUCACAUGUUCUUCCCUUUAUAUUCUUCCUUAUGUUUGGGAACCCAAUGUUUGGUCACUCAAAAAAUAUCUUUCUAAACCAACCCAACAGUAGAACCAAUGGAACCAUGAAUCACUCACCCCACCACUUUUUGACAUUUGAGUUUUUGUUUGAGUUGAUUAAACAUAUCUCCCAUAUAUUUGACAUUUGAGUUUGCUAAAAUUUGAUAUCUAAUCCAACCUUGAAUUUCUAGCACAGUUGUUUCCAUUUUACCCCUCACCUUCCAAAAAAAAGAAAAAAAAUUUUAAUUCCAAUUUAUACAUAUGGGAAGUGAAUGUUGCUGAAAGCAGAGAGCAUAAGGCAAGAAAUAUGGGAGAAAAGAAAGAAGAGGGAAAAAUGAGAGUAAUCUUUUUUCCUCUUCCAUUAGAAGGCCACACAAACCCGAUGCUUCACCUUGCCCAAAUGCUCUAUUCAAAAGCCUUCUCCAUAACAAUCAUACACAUAACACAUUUCAGCUCUCUCCAACCUUCAAACAACCCCAACUUCACCUUCCGCUCCAUUGAACCCGACCAUGCCGAAACCUACAGCGUAGGCAUUGAAGGAAUUAUAGAGCUCAUAAUUCUGUUGAACAGGCAGUUGAUUGAGCCGUUUCGAAAGUGCGUGGCAGAGCUGGUGGGGGAAGGCACCAACAAAAUUGGGUGCCUCAUAACCGAUGCUCAUUGGCAUUUCAGUCAGGAUGUGGCUAAUGAGUUUGGGAUUCCAAGAAUUGUGUUGAGAACUGCUAAUAUUUCUGCGUUUUUGGGAAUGCUUGCUCUCCCUGCUUUGCGUCCAUUUUACUCCUUGCCUUCUUCAGAAACAAAUCUGGAAGAUCCAUUACCCCAUUUACCACACCUCAGAUUCAAAGACCUGCCGACGUUGAAAAACAGUAGCCUACAUCUCCAAGACCAACUCUUAACCUCCAUCUUCAUUCAAACCAAAUCCUCCUCCGCAGUCAUCUUCAACUCCUUCCACGACCUCGAACCCGAAUCACUUCUCAACUGCCAGCAUCUCUUCUCCCCAAUCCCAAUUUUCCCACUCGGACCUUUUCACAAACACCUUCCACUCUCUCCUCAAUCCCACCACCCCUCCUUCUCUUGGCUCAGCUCUAAACCCCCCAAAUCCGUCCUCUACGUCAGUUUCGGCACUCUCGCCACCCUCCAACCCCACGAGUUCCUGGAGAUCGCCUGGGGUUUGGCCAACUCCACUCACCCUUUCUUGUGGGUGGUCCGCCCUGGCAUGGUCAGUGGAUCCAAAUGGCUCGAGCGGCUGCCGGAAGGGUUCGAGGAGAUGUUGGGUGAACGAGGGUUGAUCGUGAAAUGGGCACCGCAGAGAGAGGUGUUGGCGCAUCCGGCGAUUGGGGGAUUUUGGACUCACUGUGGGUGGAACUCCACGAUUGAGAGUUUAUGUGAAGGGGUUCCAAUGCUGUGUUAUCCUUGUUUUGGAGAUCAGAAGAGUAAUGCUAGAUAUGUGACUCAUGUUUGGAGAAUUGGAGUGAUGUUGGGGGAUAAAUUGGAGAGAGGGGUGAUUGAGAAGAGGAUUAUGAAGUUAAUGGCAGAGAGGGAAGAUGGUGAAAUUAUGAAAAGGAUUAUGGAUUUGAAGGAGAAGGCUGAUUCUUGUAUCAAGGAAGGUGGUUCUUCAUUCAAUUCAUUAGAGAAUUUAGUCGAUUUUAUCCUUCAAAAAUAAAUCAUAAAGUGGGAAUUUGGGAUGUAACCAUGAUGAAUUAUUCUUUUGGCUUCAUAACUUGAGUUUUCGUUUUGUCUACUUGGUGAUAAUCCAUUCACGGAGAAACAAACAAAUAAUUCAGAA